UUACAUUUUUUUCCCCAGUUAAUUUGGCACAGAUUUAAAAUGUGAAACAGUUCUAGACCCCUUGCUUUUACUGUUCUCUCACCAGCAAACCCUUUAAUGUAGCCAACAAUGGCUUUCCGCAUGAACUUCAGAUUUAGUUCGUUUGCUUCAGGUGAUGGUUCUCAAACUUACUAUAAGCACCUGAAGGACUUGUUAAACACAUACUGCUGAGGCCCUCCCCUAGAGUUUCUGGUAAUAGGUCUGUGCUGGGCUUGAGAAUGUGUACUUCUAACAAGGCUCAGGUACUGAUGCUGCAGAUCUGGGUUCUUCACUUUGAGAACAACUACCUUUUGGCCAAAUGUAGUAUCACCUUGCAGUAGGUUGGGGUUCAGAAGACCCUUGUUUGAGCACUUCUGUGUUGGAAACUAGUAAUCUGAUCUUUUGUGGAUAAUUUAAUCACCUAGGUCUGAAUAUUUUGUUCGUAAAAUUAAGAACGUGUACUUAACUGAGUACUAUAUGCUAAAUUUGAGGUGAAAUAUUGAUGAGUUCUUCCCGUUGGUUUUCUUAAUUCUCUUGAUAGGGACAUCACUUUUUGAUCAUAUAAAUUACACCUGUAUUCUGGGCUUUUGCUGUGAAUUCCUAGUAUUGCUAAAAUCCUGCUAUUUCUUAACUACCUGUUAAGUUCCUUAAGGUCAGACCUUCUGCUUUUUUUGUCUUUCUCUGCCCAGCGCCUUGAAUAGUGUGGGAUACAAUUGAUGCUCAGUAGAUACUUGUGGGUUGAUCUCCAUCCCUUGUCUUUCUCCCCUCUUGAACUUUUUCUCCCCUGACCUUAUGCUAUACAGUAAAGCAGGUUAUGCUUAUGCCACCUGAUUACCCCAAGAGAUUGGAAUGAAUGCUAAUGCCAAAUUCCUGCAGCUAUCCCUGUGAACGGUUUAUUACCCAGGAGCCCUGCCGAUUUCUGAAUUUUCAGUGUUUCUAGAAUAUAUACAAGUUGGGGAAGGAGAAAUAGAAAGCUAAAUUAAACUCAACAUGCAUUUAUUGGGCACCUUUUCUACUAAGGGCUUGACAAAGUGGUAGGCACUGGGAAUAUAAAAAUGAAUAAGGAGAUCCUUGCUCUUGAGGGCAGGGCCCACAGUGAGGAGACGGACACUAAGCCAUGCCCACAGCAAGAAUGACUUCUGGGAUUACUUCUUUGGGUCAUGAUUUGGUCUUCAGUGGGAACCUGGUACUCCUCAGAUUCCUCUGGUUCAGCAGGCAGGGAUCCCAUCCUUUAUCAUCUCCUCAAAUGCAGGGGAGCCUUGAGCAAAGCCAGAAUGAAGUCAUCCAGACAUAGAACAGGGGGUAUCCACACAGGGUGUGUUAAUUAAAAAGCUGAAAACAAAGUAAAUGACUUGAAUUUACUGCCGUUAUGAAUUAUCUAUAGCAAAGCCUCAGGUCAGCUCUAUUAUAUAUGAUGUUGGGUUAUUUCCCAUUAGAUGAUGGUUCCUCAGACUGUGUGAUUGGCAUUGACUGUGUUCAUUGUAGGAAUUGCAUACAUAAGUCUCACUGCCAAAAGAGAGCUAUUGCUCUCAUCAGGAUGGGUGUCAGGUUUGAUGUCCCCUCCUUUUCUUGCUUCAGGUUAGUUUGUGAUGUUCUGUUUUAAACUGAGGUUUAUACAUUGACCUGCUUCAUUUAGGCCAGUAACUGCUUUGGGGUAAUUUUCCUGAAGGUUAGAAAGCCUAGCUUUAUAUGGAGGCUAACCAACAUGACCAUGAUGACCAGGUAUAUAAAUAUGGCCUCUUAAAAAUCUGUAUUUGAGGCCAGGCAUGGUGGCUCACGCCUGUAAUCCCAGCACUUUGGGAGGCCGAGGCGGGUGGAUCACGAGGUCAAGAGAUGGAGACCAUCCUGGUCAGCAAGGUGAAACCCCGUCUCUACUAAAAAUACAAAAAUUAGCUGGGCAUGAUGGCGCGCGCCUGUAGUCCUAGCUACUUGGGAGGCUGAGGCAGGAGAAUUGCUUGAACCCAGGAGGCAGAGGUUGCGGUGAGCCGAGAUCGCACCAUUGCACUGCAGCCUGGGUAACAAGAGCGAAACUCCGUCUCAAAAAAUAAAUAAAUAAAAUAAAUCUGUAUUUGAGGCUGGGUGAAGUGGCUCAUAUCUGUAAUUCUAACAUUUUGGGAGACCAAAGCAGGCUGAUCACUUGAGCCCAGGUAUUUGAGACCACCCUGGGCAACAUGGCAGAACCCCAUCUCUACAGAAAAAUUAGAAAAUAGCUAGGUGUGGUGGCAUGUGCUGUAGUCCCAGUUACUUGGGAAGCUGGGGCGGGAGGAUGGCCUGAAUCUGGGAGUCAGAGAUUGCAGUGAGUUGUGAUCUUGCCACUGCACUCCAGUCUGGCAACAAAGUAAAACCUUGUCUCAAAACUUGAAAAUUUGUAUUUGGCCCCUAGCCCUCCUCAACUCUUGAGUAAAUCUUUCUCAAUAUCCUAGGCUGAUACAUUAUGGCCCAAAUCCAACAGAGAUGCUAUAUGACCUUGUUCCUCUCAAAGCCCCUCAUCGCCAUCAAAAAGCUGGUCCAGUUCUCUACCUUUAGAUGAAGAAUCGUCCCAGGAUUCAACAUGAGCUGCUGCUGUGACUUUUCCAAGAUGACACAUCUUUACGAUGUAGGGCAGGGGACAGAACACAGGUCACCCUUCCUCGAAGGCAGCUAUCUACUACCUGGUAUUGCCUCUUAGGCCCACCAUAUAUAAAACCACCAAAAACAUUUUAGUUAAGAAGAAAGUGAAUUAUUAUAAUUUUCAUUUUUAAUUUUUGUGUUUAUAUUUACUCUCAAUGACAUGUUUAUUCCUACCUAGUAUCUUGAGGCUAACCAUAAAAUCUACAGCAUUUCAAGGUGGAAGAUAUUUGUGUCUUAGCUUUCACUGACUUCCCUGUACUACCUCCUACUUAUUUGACCUCUGUUUCUUUCCUCCUGUCUUCCCUUUCUCUAUGCCGUAUUCUCUUUCUUUGAAACCUAUUGUAACAAGUUUUGAGCCAUUUCUCCCCUUGCUAGUCAAAUACUACUUUUAUGAAGAGGAAAAAAAAAACUUACGUAGCAAAAAUAUUUUACAGAAACAGUUUUAAACAUGGUUUAAAGCAUACUGAUCAUGUGUUAGAAGGCCAAAAGCCAGGGAAUGCGUUUCCUUUCAUUCAUUGUGUCAUCUAGGUUAAGUUUUCAUGGGACUUCUUGGUACACUGAGUUUGCCUCAAAUUGUCUCCUGCCAGUUACAGGGAGUAGAGAGGACUUUGAUACAUUGGUAGUUAGAAGCAUUGCUGAUAUGAUCUUCAGUGGGAGAACCUAUGUUUAAGGUUCUGUCUCAUCUGUAUUCCAACACUCAUUUAAUCCUACUUCAUAAGUGCCUCCAAGACAAGAAUUGUUUUUUGGUUUACCAUGGUUUCUUCAAUAUAACAAUAAACAGACCAAGAUUUUCCUUAUGCAAUCUAUUUUUUGUAAUUAGGAUGAAAUAAACGACCGUUUGCUUAUUUAAAUCUUGCCUCCUUCCCAAAAGGAUUUCAAAUAGCUUGAAGGAAAAACGAAUGAAAUACGUAGAGCACCUACCCUAUGCCACACUCUAUGCUGAAGGAUUUCUAUAGGUUAUUUCAUUUACUCCUUAAAACAACCACAUGAGAUAGGUAGUAAUAGCCACAUUUUUGAGGCUAAGACAGGCUUAGGGAGAUUGUGUUACAUGGAUAAUAAGCAAGGUCAGGAAUUCAGAUCCAGCACUCCAAGGCCCCUAACCAUAUAUGGAAAGCCUAGAUAAAAGCUUGCAUAUAGGACAAUUAAGAAUAAAAGAAUAUCUCCAUUAGAAGGAUUGUACUGGGCUAGUCUUUCAUUUGAAAGAAUAGCAGCAGCAUUAGAAAGAGCAGUUAACAGAUUUUAUUAGUGGAUUUCUAUUCUAGAACACUGAGAGGAGCUGUUGACAGGCCCUGGUUAGCCCCAGCAAGCAGUCAUAUUAAAAUUCCCAAAGUGUAGGCCAGCAUUAAGGUAGAAAAUAAGAAUGGGGACUGGAAGGGAUAUAAAUAUCUACUAAAUGUAAUAAUUUCAGUUCUGAUCACUAUUUUCUUCUGAAGAUUAUUUGCCAGUUAAUAGGCAGAUUACUGUCUCUCCUUUAGGUUGACAGUACAUGACUACAGAGUCUGCCAUUCAGGGUCCGGAAAGAUCACCCUAGCUAGUAGCAUUUUAAGGCAGAGAACUGGAUAUUCUUUCAUUGCCUGUGGUUUUCUGUUCUUCUCAAGAGAAUUGAGCUUGGGUCUUCACUGCCACGUGACACCUUCAGAUAAGGGGCAGAGAUAGCUGGGCUCUGAGGAUUGCACAAAGGAUUGCACACCUUCAUAUCUUCUCUCCUGUCCUAUGUAUUGUAGGAACACACACUCAAGACACUAGGUUGCAUCUUUGCAGAUACUGUUUUAGUGUCUUCUGGAACCAUCUCUUACUUAAUCCUGGCCUGGUUUCAUAUUCUCUCUAUUCUCUCUCUAGUUUUUAUCCUACUCUGGAACUCUUCCAGGGACAGACAUUGAGAAAAGAUACUAGAACAGCAAAAGCAACAAAUUGCAAGGUAUACUUGUGGCAUAGUAUAUCCCAUUAAUAAUAGAAUAAAAACAACAUCUGUUUUCUGCCUCUAAUAUUUAUACUUGACAAUUGCACAACACAGUUCAUAAAGCUCUCACAUCUCAGAUAAUCACUGAGUUAGGAGAGUGGUUAUCUGCAGAGGGCUUUACCUUUUACAAGGUCUCUUGUGUAUGUUACUUCGUGAAACCCUUGAGGAAGCUCCAGUUUCUUGGGUAUCUGGGGCUGGGUCGUACAUCUUCGGAUACCCAGUUUGGUGCCGUGCACAGCACUGCUGUACCUCCUACUCGUUUCUCGUCUUUUGCCCACCAAGACUUCUUCCUUCAUUCCCUCGAUUACUAAUCUGUUUUCCUUCAUCUUCCUAGGCUGCCAAAGUAAAUGCAAAACAAGCAACAGAAAUCUCAGCUUGUGACUUCCGAAGGGCAUUUUUAAAUGGCAGGUUUUGUGUGGCGCUGUUACAUGUUCUUUUUUCCUUGGAGAGCAAAGCCCUCUGAAAGCCAGGAACUCUUUUGUCAAUGUAUAUGUUGUAGGAUCCAUACUGUGGAAUCUCUUGUACCUAGCGCUGCAUGAAAACAAUGAGGAUUCCAAGUCUACUUCACUGGAUGUCAGUUCUCAAACCUUUAAGAUAAUAAGUCCUUUUAUUAAGCCAAAAGACCUUAUAUAUUAAUUCUACCUUCCAGGGGUAGGAGUUGGGGCGGGGGUUGGAAAGUUUUGUCUGGAUAAAUAAUCAGUAUUGUAGUUGCAUUUAAUUAUUUGAUGUCUGAUUUUGUGCUUAUUAAAAUUGAUUUAAAUCCUCAAUGGAAAAUGAUUUUUUUUUCAAAUGCCCAGUGUUGUGUGACUUGCAUUUGGAUUAUUCCCAGUGCAACCUGCAGAUUCUUGUGAUGAGUUGUGGUUCCAUCACCUCGGGAACCACUAAGAGAAUUCCGUUACUCACAAUCCAAACAAUAAAUGUUUUUUUCCUAUCUAUGCCUUUAUCCAGCACACAGUUUGCUAGACAAAUGGAUGAAUAUGGGUUAAUAUGACAUGGUAUCUAUCCUUCUGGAAACAGACUUUUUAAAUCUUAUUAAGCGUUUUCUGCGUUCUUCAAAUAUGAAACAAGUGCCUGUUGUGUGCCAGGCAUCAAGCUGGAUGCAGCAUGUCCCUGACCUCAGAGCUUUACAGUCCAAUGAGUUCAACAGAAGAUGAACAAUUUUUAUGACACAAAAAAUAAACACAUAUAUGUGCUGCUGUGGGGGAGAUACAGGUUCCUGUGGCAGCAGCAUCUGGGAGGACCAGAGAAGGCAUCUUGGAAAAACUGCGAUCUGAAAGAUGAGUAGAGUUAACCACGUGAAGAGGGUGGAAAGGGGUGCUUCAGACAGGGUGAACAGUGUCAGGAAAGCCCAGGAAGGGUAUAGAAAAGAAAGACAGUAAUUCAAGCAGUGGCUUUCAAUGGGAUUGGCAGUCAUGGAAGGAAAGAGAGGUGGUGGGGACCAGCUUUUGAAGGGCUUUGUGUAUCAAAUUUAAAAAAGUUUAAAUGUUAUCCUAAGGUUACUGGGAAGCCUUAGGCAGAUUUUGUAUGUUAGGAAGUUCACCACUCACCUACUGGGAGUAUCAUAUGUGGAGCUAAUGUGGAUGGGCCUCCUGCCCAUUAUUAAAUCCUGUGCUUGUCUGCCCAUCUGCCCAUACCGUCUCUCCUUGUCUCUCUUUCUUAAAAGCUAAAGGAAAGCAUAUAGGUUCCAGAAGGAAAAAGAAAUAAAUGCUAGAAGAAUAAGUGUAAGCUGACUUUACCAUGGCCCAGUGAGAUUCCAAACCAAAAUAAAGCUUCUAGGGUUUGAGCUUUUAAUACUGGUACUCCAACAAGGAGAUACAACUUGGGGAGCUGAUGCAGUGUGAAAGUUAUGGAAUUGAGCAGCCUGCAAACCUGCACCUUUAAAAAUCUUCCUACUGUCCCAGGAAAAGUACAAGGAAGUAGGUUAUCCAGAGCCUUGGAUAGGCCAAACAUUACUUGAAGGCAUCAGUCCAAAUAAUACACUAAAAACAUUAUUCAGGAACACCCUGAGAAAUUAACAUAAAAACUGAUUUGGCCAGGCAUGGUGGCACAGGCUGUGAUUACAGUGCUUUGGGAAGCCAAAGUUGGAAAAUUACUUGAGAGGCCAGGAGUUCCAGGCUGUAGCAAGCUAUGAUUGCACUACUGCACUCCAGCCUGGGCAACAGAGAGACAGUCUUAAGAAUAAACAAACUGAUCCAAGAUCAUUGAAACCAUUAGCAUUUAGGAAGAAACAAAUGAAAUUACACUCAAGCAGCUAACAUUUACCAGGGCUCUGAGGACUCCCGAAGUAAAAAGAUUUUAAAAAAAUACAAGCCACUUCAGAAAACAAACCACCAUGAGGUAGAGAUAGCAGAGGAAAAAUCACACAGGAAGAUCUAGGAAUCGGAACCAUCCAAAAUAGACUGAAAGCAUGUUGCAAGUGAUGAGGAUAAUGAAAACAAUGUCAUAAGAGCAUGAAUUAAGAGGGUUUUGAGAAAGAAUAAAGAUAAUAUAGUAAUUGACUAUAAACUCAUUUGACGGGCAACAACAGAUGAGACACAGCUGUUAAAGAGUGGAUCGAUAACCUUGAACGUGGAUGUGAGGCAGCUGUAGUACAGCACAAAAGGAUUGAGAAAUGAAGGAGCCCUUUAGCUGCUUGUGGACACUGGUCUGGAAUGGGGACAGGACCAAGAAAACCAGUCAUGGAAGUUGAACUAAGUCAUGUCUCCAGUGUAUCAGUGCCUGUUAUGUGCCAGUGCUAUUUAGGAGCAGAAAAUAUUGUAAUUUUUUUUAAGUUGCUAUUAAUACCUUCUAGUGGGUCAUAAUGGCUCAACCGUGGGAAUGGCAAUAGAGAGGAAGAGAUGGAGGUAUUUGAAAGGCGUUUUUUUAGAGGGUGGAAUUAACAGGAUAUGGUGAAUAAUAAAAAAGAUAGUAAAAGCAUAAUGGAACAGUGGUUCUUCCUGUUAACAAUAGGAAGAAGCUUCAGAGUAGAGUUUUAUUCAUUUUAAAUGCAUUUAUUGUGUACUUUAUUAUAGGUAUUGGAGAUUGAUGGAAAAUAGUCCCUGACUUCAAAGAGUUACACAGGAAGGAUAAGCGAUGGCUAUGUAAUAUGACCAAUACUAUGAUAGAAAGGUGCCCAGGUCUCUAUGGGAGGACUUACAUGAUUUCUAACCAUGUCUAAGAGUAGGGGAAAUGGGAUCAAAGAAAACAUCUCAAGACAAAGUGUUAGCUUACGUCUUGAAAAAUUUUAAAGUUUAACCUAACCAAGGUUAAAGAAUGAAAAGAAACAUCAUGUUCAAAAGCCAAAGAACAUGGGACUCUUGUUUGCUUUCCAUGUAUGUGUGUGUGUGUGUGUGUGUGUGUGUGUGUGUGUGUGUAGUAUGUAUCUGAAAGGAUUGGAGAGGAGGGCAAAGAGAAUAACAAGAUGAAUGUCAACAUAAUGUAUAAUACUUUGAAGUUUGUAUUUCAAUUAACAAGAUAGCAGGGGGUGAUGGAAGGAUCUUAGAUAGGAAAAGAACAUGAGCACAUUUGCCAAGAGAGCUCGUUCUGGUGAUACUGAGUGGGAAUGUGAAGGUGACAAACCUGGAGCAGGUAGCUCGCAUUUGGAGGUGGUUGCAGUCAUCCAGAUGAGAAGCGAGAGGAACCUAAGCUGUAAAUCGUGGGAAUAAAAAUGAUAAGGCCGUUAAAAAGAAAUAGAACAUACUCUGUAUCAUGGAAAGGGGAUGGGUGAAAGGUGGAGAAUAGUCUAUGCAGAAGUAAAAACCUUCAGAAAGAUAUGGAGGCUGAAAAGGCACCCUGUUGUAGAGAGAUCAGCAAUGCAUUUUUUAUAACUAGGCAAUACAUGGAAAUGAUAGGAUCUGAAGCUUGAAAAAUAGCUUGAGGUCUGAUUAUAAAGAGCUUCAUGUCAUUUCCAGGAUUUGGAACUGAUCUUACUUUAAAAAGGGUUUGUUUUUAAAUAUUGAGUAACAUAGUUGAAAUUAUAAGAAUAGCCAAUGCCAUAUUAUGAUAGCUGGUGCCAUCACUCUCCUAAGCACUUCAAAGACAGUAAUACGUUUAAUCCUUACAAUAAGCCUAUUAGAUGAAACCCAUUAUUAUCUCCCUCUUGUAGACAGAGAAACCGGCUUAAGGAGAAUGAGAACAUGUCUAUGGUUCCACUGUGGAAAUACCUAGUAAACGAUAGAGCAGGAUUCAAACGCAGGCAGUUUAACUCCAGGACUUUCGCUCAUGACCUUACACACCUCCCUCAUGGUUGGUAUUUCUCAACCAUGGAUACACAUUAGAACUGCAUGUAACAUUUCGAAACAUACAGUUACCUGGAUUGACUGAGAAUCAGAGUGUUUGAAAAACACUGUGUGAUACUGUGUUUUGCAAAACCUCCACAAGUAAUUCUGAUGCACUUUGCUCAUAGCUGAGUACCGCGGGGAUCUUGGGAAGUUACAGUAGUAGUCCAGGCAGGAGACGACGAAGGCUCAAACCAAAGCGGUCUGUAGGAAGGAAGAGGAGGGAACAGACUUGGAGCCUUUAGAGGUGAAAUUGGCAGUAUUCACUGAGUGGAGAUACAGUAUUUUCUUGUGGAGUAUGAACCUUGCCUAGGAAAUGGGGUAGAGGACCAUACCUUUAGUUGAUUAUCCUCUCCCAACUGGAUCUGUUGAUUUAUGGCUAUGGAAGCUGGGGAAAGGAGGAUUUAAGCAUUUGAAGAAGUUUGUGUAGAGGAUUAUGAUUGAGCUCAGACUGUUGUCCUUGUGUAGUUUCAUGUUUAUACUAUUGUUUGUCUUUACUUCUCUACCUAGGGCCCGUGGGAGGAAAUAUUGGUGUGUCCAGGCUGAGGCUGGGAGCUAAUGACAGUGUGAGCUGCUCUAGAUGGUGUGAGACCACCCCAAAGCCAAGAAAUGACUACAGCCGUGGAACCAGAGGACCAGGAUCUUUGGGAAGAAGAGGGAAUUCUGAUGGUGAAACUGGAAGAUGAUUUCACCUGUAGGCCAGAGUCUGUCUUACAGAGGGAUGACCCAGUGCUGGAGACCUCCCAUCAGAACUUCCGACGCUUCCGUUACCAGGAAGCAGCAAGCCCUAGAGAAGCUCUCAUCAGACUCCGAGAACUUUGUCACCAGUGGCUGAGACCAGAGAGGCGGACAAAGGAGCAGAUCCUAGAGCUGCUUGUCCUGGAACAGUUUCUUACCGUCCUGCCUGGAGAACUACAGAGCUGGGUGCGGGGCCAACGGCCAGAAAGUGGCGAGGAAGCAGUGACGCUGGUGGAGGGUUUGCAGAAACAACCCAGGAGACCAAGGCGGUGGGUGACUGUCCAUGUUCAUGGCCAGGAAGUCCUGUCAGAGGAGACAGUGCAUCUAGGAGCAGAGCCUGAGUCACCUAGUGAGCUGCAGGAUCCCGUGCAAAGCUCGACCCCCCAGCAGUCCCCUGAGGAAACCACACAGAGCCCAGAUCUGGGGGCACCGGCAGAGCAGCGUCCACACCAGGAAGAGGAGCUCCAGCCCCUGCAGGAGAGCGAGGUUCCAGUGCCCCAGGACCCAGACCUUCCUACAGAGAGGAGCUCUGGAGACUCGGAGAUGGUUGCUCUUCUUACUGCUCUAUCACAGGGACUGGUAACGUUCAAGGAUGUGGCUGUAUGCUUUUCCCAGGACCAGUGGAGUGAUCUGGAUCCAACACAGAAAGAAUUCUAUGGAGAAUAUGUCUUGGAAGAAGACUGUGGAAUUGUAGUCUCUCUGUCAUUUCCAAUCCCCAGACCUGAUGAGAUCUCCCAGGUUAGAGAGGAAGAGCCUUGGGUCCCAGAUAUCCAAGAGCCUCAAGAGACUCAAGAGCCAGAAAUCCUGAGUUUUACCUACACAGGAGAUAGGAGUAAAGAUGAGGAAGAGUGUGUGGAGCAGGAAGAUCUGAGUUUGGAGGAUAUACACAGGCCUAUUUUGGGAGAACCAGAAGUUCACCAGACUCCAGAUUGGGAAAUAGUCUUUGAGGAUAGUCCAGGUAGACUUCAUGAAAGAAGAUUUGGUACAAACAUUUCUCAAGUGAAUAGUUCUGCAAACCUUCGGGAAACUACGCCCGUCCACCCACUGUUAGGGAGACACCAUGACUGUUCUGUGUGUGGAAAGAGCUUCACUUGUAACUCCCACCUUGUUAGACACCUGAGAACUCACACGGGAGAGAAACCCUAUAAAUGUAUGGAGUGUGGAAAAAGUUACACGCGAAGCUCGCAUCUUGCCAGGCACCAAAAGGUUCAUAAGAUGAAUGCUCCUUAUAAAUAUCCCCCAAACCGGAAGGAUUUGGAAGCAACCUCCCCUUUGACCCAGGCUGAGAGAACUCCAUCCGUGGAGAAGCCCUAUAGAUGUGAUGAUUGUGGAAAACACUUCCGCUGGACUUCAGACCUUGUCAGGCAUCAGAGGACACAUACAGGAGAAAAACCCUUCUUUUGUACUAUUUGUGGCAAAAGCUUCAGCCAGAAAUCUGUGCUAACAACACACCAAAGAAUCCACCUGGGAGGCAAACCCUACUUGUGUGGAGAGUGUGGCGAGGACUUCAGUGAGCACAGGCGGUACCUGGCACACCGGAAGACGCACGCAGCUGAGGAGCUCUACCUCUGCAGCGAGUGCGGGCGCUGCUUCACCCACAGCGCAGCGUUCGCCAAGCACCUGCGAGGACACGCCUCCGUGAGGCCCUGCCGAUGCAACGAAUGUGGGAAGAGCUUCAGUCGCAGGGACCACCUCGUCAGGCAUCAGAGAACACACACUGGGGAGAAACCGUUCACGUGCCCUACCUGUGGAAAAAGCUUCAGCAGAGGGUAUCACUUAAUUAGGCAUCAGAGGACCCACUCAGAAAAGACCUCCUAGCUAGGCCCCCAGGUGAGGAGAUCUGCUUUCAGCCCUCACCUAAGGGAGGUGAGGAACAGGAAGAGCCCUCUUGUCAGCCUGGGAAGACCUUUUCUAGGGAGUCUCCCUGACCUGCCCAAAUCCAACAUCACCUCUUCCCGCAACUAAAUACAAGCCUGGGCAGAACCUCUCAGCCUUCUACACCUUGAGAUGUUUCAUCCAAAGUACAACCUGAAUUGAAGCUUCCCCUUCACUAGAGUGUGGCUGCCUCUAUCUCAUGGUUAUAAAGUAGGAGAAUUAAAAGAUUUAAGAGGUUGUGGUUACUAUAUUGUCCAAAACAUAGGCUGUUACAUAUCCUAAAGACUGCUUAACAGCCUCGAGUUGAAAGUGGCCAAGGACAGCCCCUUAGGUUUGGGAAGGGACCAGCCUGAAGGAUUCUGUCUUUAGAGGGCUCAAGUCUUAAAGCACACAGCUCUGAACUCAAGACAGGAGGUUUGCGUCCUGAUGGCUUUGCCACAUAUUCACAGGAUGACUGUACAAACCCCUUGCUGUCUGAUUCCCUUCUUACCAUGCACUUUCCUUUGAUGCUGAGGAGAAAUGGAAGCAGGCAAAAAAAAAAAAAAAAUCUCAAGGCUGCUUCAGGUCGACCUUGUCAAGCUGCUCCCUCCCCCAAUGUCAAAUUGUUAUCAGGUGCCAAACACUGCUAGAAAGGAGGGCCUGGUCGGAAGCCUCUUUACAUAUGAGUUUUGGUUUUGUUUUUAAUAUUUUUUCCUAUUAAAAUACUCAUGCAUUUAACCUUCCCAUUAUUCAGCCAGUCUCUUGGUUUCGUCCCUAGCACUUCUACUACAAGUGAGGUGGUAGCAUUGAGUGCUUACUGAGCAAAGCACAAUUCAGUCAGAAUGAAAUCAUUCGCAUUCCCUCAUAUGCACAAGCCCACCCACCCCUCCAUACCCCCUUCACAGGGGUGGUGUGAGUAAGGGGAUUUGGGAACAGUGUCAGCUUACAAAGGCACUAUAACAAUUACAGAAUCAUGAUAGCCAUGGGUCACUUCAUUUACAUGAAGACAACUGGAGAACAACUAAGACCAAAUUAUGGAAAAUAAGAAAAAGCUGUUGCUGGCGAGACCAUCAAGACUAUUCUGACACCCUGUCCCCAUCAUCCCUGGCCUGAGUACUCUGACAUCAUGGGAAAUGUUGAACCCCAGAACCUGGGACCCUGAGGAAUUCACCAGGAGUAAAUAGCUUUCAUGUA